AUUUUCACCAAUCUGAGGGAUGUUUGUGCCAAAACAUUCGGGCCUUUCGCAACAUAGGAUGUUUUGGUACUUACAAAAAGCCAUGAAAUUCAUGUUUACGGGCAUCUUUAAGUUAUUCGAGACACCAAAUACUAGGACGCAUAUUAUAUCAACACAAUGGCAAGCGUAUACGGCUCGUUUGAAGACCGCUUCAAGGCAGUGCCAGCGCUCCUGGCGGCAAGCAUCGCAGAGGGCAACGACAUCGGCGGUUCUAUCUUUGUCAAUCUUGACGGCAAGGAAGUUGUUAAUAUCUGGGGUGGAUACAUAGAUGACACUCGCACGCGCGAAUGGCGGGAAGACACUAUUGUCAACGUCUGGUCAACUUCAAAGACUGUUGUAAGUCUUGCAGCACUUAUCUGCAUCGAGAAGGGCCUUCUGGACCCAUUCGAAAAGGUCGCAAGAUACUGGCCUGAGUUUGGCGUGAACGGAAAAGAAGAUGUCGAAGUUAGGCAUCUACUGAGUCAUUCGUCUGGCCUAUGUGGCUGGGCGCGAAAGGUUUCGGUACAAGAUAUAUGCAAUUUGGACGAGGCGGUAAAGAUGCUUGAACAGCAGGCGCCCAUGUUCAAGCCAGGCAGCGCAUCUGGAUAUCACGGGAUCACCAUGGGUCCUCUGAUCGGGGCCCUCGUAUCCCGUGUGACAGGCAAACCCUUUGGGCAAUUUGUUCAGGAAGAGCUCGCGCAACCACUGGACGCAGACUUCCAGUACGGCGUCAAGCAAGCAGACUCGAGCCGCGUUGCCACCCUUAGCGCCCCACCUCCAUGGCACUUGCCAGACACGGAGAUUGACUACACCCAUCCUUCCAGUUCCUUAGGAAACCCGGCCAUGGACGCGACCGAAGCCAACAAGCCCCUCUGGCGGUCUGCGGAGCUCGCAGCGUCGAACGGACAUUCUAACGCCGCGGGCGUUGGACGCAUCAUGUCGACUAUUUCACUUGGAGGCACCGUUGGCGGACGACAAUUCCUCUCCCCUGCUACCAUCGACCUUAUCUUCCAGGAGCAGCAGAACGGACGAGACCUCGUCGUCAACCAGAACAUCAAAUGGGGCAUCGGUUUCGCGUUGACAGGAAAUGGUACCAUCAUGGAGUGGUUGCCCGAGGGUCGAAUCUGCACAUGGGGCGGUUGGGGCGGGAGUGUAGUGAUCAUGGACCUAGACCGGAAACUGACAGUGACAUAUGUAAUGAACAAGAUGGACGCAACUCUUCUUGGCGGAACUCGGACCAAGGCAUAUGUUCAGGCUGUGUAUGCGGCCUUAGGAGUUGCGAUAGAGCUACCGCUAGAUAUGUAAUAAAGCUACACAAGACGGGAGAGUGGAAAGCUGUAUUUCAGUGUUUCGCUUGUUGAUUCUUCAUACAUAACGAAUGUCUUCACACACCUAUGUUUGCGUUGCACGUGCAGU